UUUUUCAGCCACGCAAAAUGCGAUGGAACGUCGAAACUAUCGACCAUAUCUUCGACAAAAUGGGACAGAUUCUGUUGACAAAUUUUUAAAAAAUAUUAAUUCCUCCACUAAUCAUAAUGAAAGAUACACUUCAAAAUUCCCUACGGAUGGUUUGGAAGGCGCUGGAACUUCAACAUAUCCUUCAUACUCCACUUAUGUUGGGCAAUACUCUCCAUCAUUACGGAAUACAGCAUCAAGUUCUGCUGCUCCAGGCAACUAUUCAAACCGUUAUGAUGCUGAAAGGAGACGCCCGUCCGGGGUUCCAUUGUAUAAUUUGGCGAAAAAUUCAACAUACAAUGCCGAGAAUUAUGGUGCUAAUGGGAGCAGUCGUUUUGCUCAAGGCGGGUACAAUGACUAUGGUUCGCAGCGGACAGGCUCAAUUCCCACGGUGCGAGAUGGGGCAAAAAAACACAAGUCGGCCUUAAAAUCAUUACGUUCUUUCUUUAAGAGGCACCUGAUUGGAGGGAGCAGAGGCAGAAGGGAUCUGUCGGCUACACCUAUAAACACUCGAUUCUCUUCUACACAAAAUGUCAACGGUCAUCUUCCUUAUGCUGCACCAACCACCCAUCGGCGUUCAUCAUCCUCAUCUAUUGGAUUUAUCAACGAGAAUCGGCCACAACAAUCCUCUUCAGCAUUUAAUUCUUCCAGAGAUUCCAUUGUUAAACGUUCCUCUACUGUUUUACCUUUUAAUAAUGUUGAUUAUUCGCGUCCCUCAACUGUUGAUUCUAUUGAUUCAUCAAUAAAAGACGUGCAAAGAAGAACGGGAGACAUUUCCUUAUCAAAAACUGAUAUUACCAAACGUCCUCCUUUACCUUCUACUACAAAAUUUACACCUAAUAAACAUACUUCAGUGCCUAUACCAGAUACUUCCAAUGCUAUUUUUGAUAGACAAUUAGCUCAAAAAAGACCUACUAUUACUCCCGAUGAAAGAUCACCAACAACAAUUUGUGAUAGAAGCCCAAAAACAAUUAUUCCGUGCUUGAGAGGUCUUUUAAAUCACGGGAAUACUUGUUAUUUCUCUGCCAUCAUCCAGAGCCUUGCAGCUUGUGAGCGAUUUGCUGAAUUUCUUAUUUGUAAUGAUUCUGAAUUUUCUGAUCUUGCAACUAGAGAUGAUGAGGAUGGUCUCUAUAAAUCAUUCGUCUCCACACUUCGCUGUCUUUGGUUUAACAAUCCCAAUGCUGACUCUUUUUGCUUGAAAACUCUUAGAUUUAUUGGACAAGCGAAUCCGCUGUUUAUUAUUUCUCAUCAGCAGACAUAUAAAUCUGAAGAAGAGUUGGCCAGUGAUGCAUUAGAGAAAAUUAGUGGUUCUCACGAAUCUACAGUUAUGGAUUUGUUUAGGGGGCAAUUCCGAACUGCACUGAAAUGUACUAAUCCGGGUUGUGGUUUUACCAAUUUGUCGUUUGAGCCAUAUCUUUGUAUUUCGUUAAGUGUUCCAUUGGCAAAAAAACUUCACCAUUAUUCUGUACUUCUUUUCUCCUUCCACCCAACUCGCGAGAUCAUUCGUUUUUAUUUCGCCGUUCCGGAAGCGUCUUUGAAUGUUAGGCAUUUUAAAAAUAAAAUAAUGGAACGUAUGAAUGGCUCAUCAGAUGAAACGGUAUCCUGUUGCGUUGAGCCAAAUGGUUUAAUUCAAUUGCUUGAUGACGAUUUUGUAAUUUGUUUUGAUAACCGUCAAUUUGGGGAACUCAAUAUUCUUGAAAUUCCAAAAAUUCUUCCAACACAUAAAAAUGAUGAUACAAUUGUUUGUAUAGUUGUUUUUGUUAUGGGAACCUUGCCAAACUGUGAACGCAAUUUUUUAUUACAAAAAUGUGAACGUCUUCUUCCUCGUCAUUUCUCUAUUUUGCCGCAAGACUAUAAUAUUUUUGUUCAGAGUCGUGAUAAUUCAUUGCAAAUUCUUCAUCCUCAAACGAAGAAACCAUUAUUUAAUGAUUUUGUGGAAAGAAUUUUAAAUGACAUUGACAAUCCUAAAAAAGUUUUGCGAAUAGUUAUUGAAUGGGAUUUGUCUUUGAAACAACGAUUUUUGUCUUAUGUUGUGCCUGAGCCCAUCCUUAAUGAUUAUUCUUUUUAUCGUAAGGUGGAGAGUUCUGAUUAUGAUUCUAAACAAUCUACAAUUUCGCUAACAAAUUUGCUUGAUCAAUUCGUCGGAUGUGAAUCUAUACGUGAUUGGACAUGCCCAAAUUGUGCAAAAUCGCCAGGAUCCAUGGAACUUCGUUUCCAUUCAUUGCCCGAUGUACUUGUUUUCCAUCUCAAGCGUUUUGAAUUGAAUAAAAAAGGAGGAAAUAAGACAUUUAAUUAUGUUGAAAAGAAUUCAAUGAUUUAUGAUUUGGCUGGUGUAAUUUAUCAUUAUGGAGAGAGGACUAAUUCUGGGCAUUACACUGCUGCUACACUAAAUCCUGUUGAUGGGAAAUGGCGAAUAUUUGACGAUUCUCGCGUUUCGACCCUUGCUGAAUCUGUUACCGGAUCAAAUGAACUUGAAAUUUCUUCUCGUUCUUAUUUACUUUUCUACCAACGACAACCUUAUUUGCAACGAAAGUUAACUUGGUUUCCUCAAAAUGUUCCAGAGCAUAUUAUAAAAAAAUACCAAAAAAAGGAGUAUGCCGAAAAUGUUGAUCGUUCUUAUGCAAAUGGAAACUCGAUAUUUUAUAAAGACAACAGUGAUCCAACAUUAAAAGAAAGCUAUCUAAAAUCGCCAACAAAGUCUUUAACGCAAGAGAGAACAAUUCCAAUUAUAAGAGAAACACGUGCAGGUCCAGCGGUUGGAUAUGUCCCUGAAUUUACAUCAUCCUAUACUAACCGUAACUUCUAG